AUGAUGCAGGUCACCUCUGAGGGCAGCCCUCAGCCUCAGUCCAACAUCCUUUUCUCCAUCAACAACAAGAACGUUGCACUGGGCACUGUGUCUGGGCUUGUGCAGGUGGUGGAUGCAGAGACUGGCAAGGUGGUCAUCAUCUCUCAGGACCUCGGUCAGGUGAAGGUGCUGCUGCUUGGGGCCGUGAGGAUCUGCACCCCCAUCAUGUGGAUGAGGAUGGGCACCCAGCUGGGGAAGAAUUGGGUACAUUUCCCACUGCUUGAAGGAGGCAGCACAGCUUCUGGGGGCAUUCCCAGUGCUGGCACCCCGCUGGUCACCAGGCCUGACUUCUCCCCUCCGAUGUCCAUCUAUAUCACCUGGAUCACCAACCACCAGAACCCUUUCUCCUUUGGCAAUGCCAUGCCAGGCCUGACCUUCCACUGGUCUGUCACCAAGCGGGACAUCCUGGAUCUCCAAGGGCAGCACCACAAGGUAGGUAACCACCUGCCCAGAGCCCACCUCCCACCCCUGUCCCAGGCCAGCACCCCGAGGGGCAGGGAGGGUUCCUGCCACAUUGUCCCACAGGAAGUCCCCACCCUCACACCCAGAGAGGCCCUUUCUGGCCUCUCCCAUGGCUCAGUGGGACUCCCUUCUCCCAAAUGCUAA